CGGCCGCGCUGCAGAGUCGGCCUCUUCGAGUCCAUACGGGGUUAUCCGAGCGGGGUGGGCGGAUUGCCCUUUGCAGUCGAGGCAGCAUCCCUGUCGUCUGGGACUGGCGGAGGGAGACCCCUCCCUGGAGGGAGCAGAAGACCCACCCUGACCUAGCCCGGCCCAGCCUAGUCCAGCCUGGCCUGAGCACCCCGCCCAGGAGCCGGCUCUGAGCGUGGCCGUCAUGGACAAGAUCCUGGAGGCGGUGGUGACCUCGUCGUACCCUGCGAGCGUGAAGCAAGGGCUGGUGCGGCGGGUGCUGGAGGCGGCGCGGCAGCCUCUGGAGCGCGAACAGUGCCUGGCGCUGCUGGCUCUGGGCGCGCGCCUGUACGUGGGGGGCGCGGAAGAGCUGCCGCGCCGCGUGGGCUGCCAGCUGCUGCACGUGGCCGGCCGCCACCACCCGGACGUGUUCGCCGAGUUCUUCAGCGCGCGUCGCGUGCUGCGCCUUCUGCAGGGGGGCGCCGGGCCGCCCGGGGCGCGCGCGCUGGCCUGCGUGCAGCUGGGGCUGCAGCUGCUGCCCGACGGGCCCGCGGCCGACGAGGUGUUCGCGCUGCUGCGGCGCGAGGUGCUGCGCGCCGUGUGCGAGCGCCCCGGGCCCGCCGUCUGCGCGCAGGUGGCCCGGCUGCUGGCGCGCCACCCGCGCUGCGUGCCCGACGGCCCGCACCGCCUGCUCUUCUGCCAGCAGCUGGUGCGCUGCCUCGGCCGCUUCCGCUGCCCCGCCGAGGGCGAGGAGGGCGCCGUGGAGUUCCUGGAGCAGGCCCAGCAGGUGAGCGGGCUCCUGGCGCAGCUGUGGCGCGUCCAGCCCGCCGCCAUCCUGCCCUGUCUCAAGGAGCUGUUUGCGGUCAUUUCUUGCACAGAGGAGGAGCCACCGUCCAGUGCCCUGGCCAGCGUGGUUCAGCACCUCCCAUUGGAGCUCAUGGAUGGCGUUGUCCGGAACCUAAGCAAUGAUGACAGUGUGACGGACUCCCAGAUGCUGACUGCCAUCAGCAGGAUGAUGGACUGGGUGUCUUGGCCCCUGGGGAAGAACAUUGACAAGUGGAUUGUUGCCCUGCUGAAAGGCCUGGCCGCCGUUAGGAAGUUCAGCAUCUUGAUUGAGGUCUCACUCGCCAAAAUCGAGAAGGUCUUCUCCAAGCUGCUGUACCCCAUCGUCCGUGGAGCUGCCUUGUCUGUCCUUAAGUACAUGCUCCUGACCUUCCAGCACUCGCACGAAGCCUUCCACCUGCUCCUCCCUCACAUCCCCCCCAUGGUGACCUCUCUGGUCAAGGAGGACUCGAACUCGGGGACCAGCUGCCUGGAGCAGCUGGCAGAGCUGGUCCACUGCAUGGUGUUCCGGUUUCCCGGCUUCCCAGACCUAUAUGAGCCUGUCAUGGAGGCCAUCAAGGAUCUUCACGUUCCCAAUGAGGACCGCAUCAAGCAGCUGCUGGGGCAGGACGCCUGGACCUCACAGAAGAGUGAGCUAGCUGGCUUCUAUCCCCGGCUCAUGGCCAAGUCAGACACGGGCAAGAUCGGUUUAAUCAACCUAGGCAACACGUGCUACGUGAACAGCAUCCUUCAGGCCUUGUUCAUGGCUUCCGACUUUCGACACUGUGUGCUCCGGCUGACUGAGAACAACUCCCAGCCCCUGAUGACCAAGCUGCAGUGGCUCUUUGCCUUCCUGGAGCACAGCCAGAGGCCUGCCAUCUCCCCAGAGAACUUCCUUUCUGCAUCCUGGACGCCCUGGUUCAGCCCCGGCACCCAGCAGGACUGUUCAGAGUAUUUGAAGUACCUGCUGGAUAGGCUGCAUGAAGAGGAGAAAACAGGGACGAGAAUCUGCCAGAAACUGAAGCAGUCCAGCUUGCCCUCCCCGCCCGAGGAGCCCUCCAGCCCCAGUUCAACGUCUGUGGAGAAAAUGUUCGGAGGCAAGAUCGUGACUCGGAUAUGCUGUCUCCACUGCCUCAAUGUCUCCUCCCGCGAGGAGGCCUUCACGGACCUUUCUCUGGCCUUCCCUCCCCCUGAGCGCUGUCGCCGUCGCCGCCUGGGCUCCGUGCUGCUCCCUGCAGAGGAUGUCAGAGCCCGGGAGCUCCCACUGGCUCAGGGGGCCAGCAGGGCUCCUCGAAGGCAGAGGAAACAGUGCAUCACAGGGGACGCUCCCCCCACCAUGCUGGACAUUGAGGGCCAGGGCUCCAUCACAGCUGGGGGGCAGAGUGGGCUGGAGGAGAAGGAGGAGGAGGAGGAGGAGGCCGGGAAGGAGGAGGCAGAGAAGGAGGAAGAAGUGGGAAAGGAAAGGGAGGAGGAGAGGACACAGGAAAAGGAGGAAGAGGAGAAAGAGAAGGAAGGGAAGGAGAAGGAAGAAGAGAAGGAAGAGGAAGAGGAGAAGGAGGCCGAGAAUGACAAGAAGGAGGAGGGCACACAGGGACUAGGGACCCCCAGGGAUGCUGCCACCCCCUCCAGGGAGCAGGUGUGUGGCCCCGAGGGCUCCCGCUCCGUCCUGGACCUGGUCAACUAUUUCCUGUCCCCCGAGAGGCUGACGGCAGAGAACCGCUACUACUGCGAGCCGUGCGCCUCCCUGCAGGACGCCGAGAAGGUGGUGGAGCUGAGCCAGGGCCCGCGCUACCUCAUCCUCACGCUGCUGCGUUUCUCCUUCGACCUGCGCACCAUGCGGCGCCGCAAGAUCCUGGACGACGUCACCAUCCCCCUCCUGCUCCGCCUGCCCCUGGCUGGAGGCCGCGGCCAGGCCUACGACCUCUGUAGCGUCGUGGUGCACUCCGGCGUGUCCUCCGAGAGUGGCCACUACUACUGCUAUGCGCGCGAGGGCGCCGCCCGCCCAGCCCCUGCUCCAGGAGCCACCAGCAGGCCCGAGCCCGAGAGCCAGUGGUACCUGUUCAAUGACACCCGGGUGUCCUUCUCCUCCUUUGAGUCUGUCAGCAAUGUCACCUCCUUCUUCCCCAAAGACACAGCCUAUGUGCUUUUCUACCGCCAGCGGCCUGGGGAGGGGCCUGAGGCUGAGCCAGGCUCUCCCAGAGGCCGAGCAGAGCCUGCUCUGCACAAGGACCUGAUGGAGGCCAUUUCCAAAGACAAUGUCCUCUACCUGCAGGAGCAGGAGAAGGAAGCCAGGAGCAGGGCAGCCUAUAUCUCUGCCCUCCCCACCUCUCCAUACUGGGGGAGGGGCUUCGAUGAAGACAAGGAUGAGGAUGAAGGAUCUCCAGGGGGCUGCAACCCUGCAGGUGGCAAUGGUGGUGACUUCCACAGACUGGUCUUCUAACGGGAACCCUCCCUCAGCUUGCUCCCAACCUGUAGGGGCACUAUGACCAACCUCACGGGGCCUUGACCCCUUUCUUCUGGGAGCCAGGUGGGGGCUGGGAUCCAGGCAGAGCCCCUCUGCCAAGUAGGGCCCAGGUGGGCUGUGGAGGUAGGCCCAGAGUGAAGUAGGCCCUUCCAAUGGUGAGAAAGAUGGAGAGGGAGCAUCUGGGACUUUGGUCUGAAGGGCACAUAGAAGCCCAGAUGUGGAGGUAAGACCCAAACCCCUUAGGUCGGGCCUCAGGUUCUGGUACUGGGAUCAGUCCCACUAAGGUUUUACACCCAAGUGUCCUGGCUAACUUGGAGCAGCUUGGCUGGACACACUCUGGACUUUGCCUCCCUGUACUUCCCGCAGGCCCCGUCCUAGAGAGCCGAGCGUCUGCUCAGCGUCUUGUGUCCAGUAGCACUUCCUUCCAGCUCCCUUCACACAGCUCUUGCUUGAUAGGAGAAAAAAAGCACAGCGGGUCCAAGCCCUUGCCCCAAGAAAGGGACUAUGUGUUACCUCUGCCUGGUUUCAGAGGUAAGGUAUAUGGGUGCCUUUUGGAGGUGUCUGAAACCCAUUGUAAGUUUUUGAGGCAUAUAGGUGAGAGGCAUAGUGGCGUAGGAUCAGAGAUGAAGACUCUCACUUGUCCCCUCCUCUACACUAAGCAA